CCAACUUCCGACCUUCAUCUAUCCACUCAUGACCUUUCCCCGUGCGCUGGCUGCCCACGCAGCAGCACAAACACUACAAUUAUCCCAGUCGUCAUAAUGCUGCCACAGAAUAGACGUCUCAGGCAUCUCCAAGGAAUCUACCUUCGAAACCUGAGCUUUACCCGACCCCACGGCAGAGCUGCCGACGAUCUCGAGGCCGACCUCCCUUCUACCAAAUCCCAAGCUCUGCACGAUGACCUAUCGCCGCCACAUCUGCUUCACCAUGCCCAUUCCUCAGAGAGCUUAUUGCACACGACGAAAACAAAUGCAUCCCGCCGUAGCACCACCACCUUGGCUGGAGCGAACCCUAUCACGCGCCAAAAGCAGCUAGAGUACACCGUCGAAGGUAGAGCCGCCGACGUGUUCUUCUCGCUGCAUUGCGAGGGAACGAAAGAAGAUCCGGUAUAUAUCAGCGAAGUGGGCGAGCGAGCUAUCAACUUCAACUUCCGCUUCUUUGAUCUAUCUCAAGCUGGUCCAUCAAUCACGAGAAAGUCCCAGUUUACAAUCAAGAUAUGGGCUAAGAGACAGUUCUCCUGGAGCUUGUUACUGACUGAACAUGUCGAUCUUCGAUCUUUGAAUUAUCUCGGGAGUUUACGAAGCUAUCAACUCCCUCCGAAUUGUCUCGUAUUUCACCUUAUCGAUGGCAUUUACUCUUUCGAACUAUCAAGCAAACGACCCGAACCUAAACAAUCACCGACCUUACCGACCUCCUCUUACAACGCGCUGAUGAAGCUCUCGAACCUGGAUAACUCCAUCCAAGAUGCUUUAGCUACCAGAGAAACCUUAACGGCCCAGAUAAACUCGAUCCUCGAACGCACACCCCCCGAUACCGUCCCACAAGCCCAAGAAUCCGCCACUCUGGCCUCGAAAUACGUCACCGCCCAGACCCGCGCCCUCCGCGCCGCCCAAACCCGGCGCGCGGACCUCCAAGCCUCGAUCGCGGCCCGCCGCACCGCCAUCCAAGAGGGCCGAACCGCACAGACCAAAGCCGCCGAAGACGUCAAGCAUGCGCAGUCGAUGCUCCCGGCCUCACGGGCUCUACUAACGUCCACACGGGACACGAUCCACGGCCAGCGGCGUCGCAUAUGCGAGGACUUAGCACACAUCUUCCCGAUUGCGCCUAGCCCGUCCGGCGCCGCGCUCUCGUUCCACAUCUGCGGCGUCCCGCUCCCCAAUACGGACUACGACCCCACCUCCUCGUCAUCAACCGAGGACUCGCUAUCCGCCGCGCUCGGCCACGUCGCGCAGCUCACCUACGCGCUGCAGUUCUACCUUUCCGUCCCGCUGCCGUACCCCGUCUCCCCGUUCGGCUCGCGCAGCAGCAUCCGCGACGACAUCUCCCUACUCCCUGACUCGCAGCGCGAGUUCCCCCUUUUCCUAAGAGGCGGCGCGACGUCCCAGUAUCGCUUCGAUUACGCCUGGUUCCUACUGAAUAAGGAUAUCGAAGCCCUCUGCGUGUCGGCGGGCUUGAAGGUCGUGGAUAUUAGACACACUCUCCCGAACCUGAAGUACCUACUCUACGUCUGCAGCGCGGGGCGCGACGAGGUCCCCGAGCGGAAGAGGGGUGGGGUUAGGGGCUUGUGGG